AUGGCAGGAAGCAACAGUAAAGCACCUCCCUUUUCUAGCUUCAGAUCAUGCGCCUCUGUAUGUGCAACUUCCGCCAGAGCUAAAAACUCCUUAAGCACUCUUGGAGUUACGACAUAUGCGCUUCUUGCUAAGGAGACUGAACUCAUGAAAGAGUUUGAUGUUGUUCUGGAACAGGAGGAGUUGUUUUGGUUUCAAAAAUCAAGAGAGAAAUGGAUAAACAUGGGAGAUAGGAACUCAAGGUUUUUCCAUACUUCCACGAUUAUUCGGCGAAGGAGAAAUCAUAUUGACAGCUUGAAAGAUGAUGAAGGCAAGUGGAUUUCUGAUCCACAGGUUUUAGAGAAGCUUGCGAUUGAAUUUUUCACACGUUUGUACUCUGUGAAUGAUGUUGAUGCGGUAGUAGAUUGUUUGCCAAGCGUUGGUUUUCCAAGGCUCACUCAGGAAGAUUGUUUGUGGUUGAGUAAAUCAAUCACAACUGAGGAUAUUGAGAAGGCGGUUCAGAGCAUGGGGAGUUUUAAAUCUCCUGGACCAGACGGUUACCAACCUAAAUUUUAUCAUAAAUGCUGGGAUAUUUUUGGAGAUUCAGUGGUGAGGUUUGUGCUAGGGUUCUUCGACACAGGGUAUCUACCACCGUAUACUAAUGAUGCUUUACUCGUUCUGAUUGCUAAAGAUCAGAUGGGAUUUCUUAGAGGACACCCUGUUAAUAGUAGGCUUUUCAGAAAUCUGGGUGCGUCGGAUAUUACAGUGCGUUUCGGGGCUAUCUAUGAGUUUGUUAUGGAACGGUUGUGUCACAUGAUAGAUUUGGCUGAGGUUGAUAAGAAGUUGAAACCGAUAAGUCUGUCUAGAGGAGGACCAAAGCUUUCUCAUAUUUGUUUUGCUGAUAGCCUCAUCCUGUUCGCGGAAGCAUCAGUAGCUCAAAUAAGAGUGAUCAGGGGUGUGUUGGAGAAGUUUUGUAUAGCUUCUGGUCAGAAAUUCAGUCUUGAGAAGUCGAAAAUACUUUUCUCAAAUAAUGUCUCCAGAGAUUUGGAAAAACUGAUAAGUGAUGAAAGUGGAAUCAAGUCAACUAGAGAUUUGGGGAAGUAUUUGGGAAUGCAUAUUCUCCACAAGCGCAUGUAUAAGGAUACAUUUGGAAGCAUUUUGGAGAGAGUUUCAUCGAGAUUAUCUAGGUGGAAGAGUCAGGUUCUUAGCUUCACAGGUCGGCUGACGUUAACUAAAGUUGUGUUAUCGUCUAUACCAAUACACUCCAUUUUGACCAUAAUCCUUCCACAAGCUACACUAGCUUGUUUUGACAAGGUUUCUCGAUCAUUUUUGUGGGGUAGUACGCCAGAUAAGCGUAAACAACAUUUAGUGGCCUGGGAUAAGGUUUGUUUGCCUAAAUGUGAAGGAGGCUUGGGUAUUAGAGCUGCCAAGGAUAUGAAUAAGGCACUUAUAGCAAAGAUGGGGUGGAGAUUAAUAAAUGACCAGGAUAAACUGUGGGCAAGAGUGGUUAAAAGCAAUUAUAAAGUUGGUCAUAUCCAAGAUACAACGUGGACUGGAGUGAAGAGUAACUCACCUUCAACAUGGAGGAGUGUGGGGGCUGGCUUGCGAGAGGUAAUUGGACCAGGUCAUAGUUGGGUUAUUGGUGAUGGCAGAAUUAUAAGAUUUUGGGUUAAUAGGUGGUUGUCGGCUGAUACGCUUGUAGGAAAUGGUCUAGAUAAUGUUUUACCCGUGAAUGAGGUGGUGUUGGCAAGAGACUUAUGGAUAGAGGGAGUAGGUUGGGAUAUGUCUUGGAUUGCUAUGUAUAUUCCUGAAUAUAAGAUACUGGAGUUAAUGUCUGUUGUUGUGGAUAACUUCACGGGGGCUCAGGACAGACUGUCAUGGGGACUGACAUCGGAUGGUAAGUUCACUGUUUGUUCUGCAUAUCAAAUGCUCAUACAGAAUGAUGAUCCCAGACCAAUUAUGUCUGCGUUUUUAGUCGGAUAUGGGGCGUACAAGUACCAGAAAAGGAGUAUAGUUGAUACAAUCCUUCAUGUCCUACGGGAUUGUCCGGCUAUGUACGGUAGGACUCAGGCAGUUUGUCCUUGGUCUAUUACAUUCGCAAUGAUAGUUUGGUGGGGUUGGAAGUGGAGGUGUGACAACAUUUUUGGUGAACAGGGUUUAGCUACCGCAGGGGGAGUGUUGCGGAGUGAGACAGGGGAAUGGAGGGGUGGUUUUGCGCUUAACAUUGGGUGCUGUUCAGCUCCUAUGGCUGAGUUGUGGGGAGUAAACUAUGGUUCCUCCGGCGAUUCCGACGUUGAAGAGGAACUACUGGUCCAUGGCGCAUCAUCCGUAGUCCAUUGCACCUGCCGGCGAGGUCACCAGAUCGAAAUCAAGGGGGUUUGUGGCGAGGAGAAGCUUCCGCAGGACAAUACCGGUAAGAGCUCUACUGGCGGCGUGGCUUUGCGGUUAGAAGAAGGUAGUUCUUGGCGAGGAAUGAGAAAGAUACGGCGGUUAGAUCUGAACGGCUGGAGACGCAGGAGGUUUUUUCACGGCUGGUGGUUUGACGGGGGAGGUCUACCGCCGGAAAGGCAAGGCUAA